ACACAAUCGGUGCACGGCUUCCAGUGAAGAUGUUGAGGUUACUGCUCGUGGUGCUAACUGUUGUGAACGUGAAGGCGUGUUAUUGGAACUCGCAAUGCACGUACCAGCUCUUCGGGUCUAAAACACCUUAUGAUACUGUAAGGGGGGAUAUAAGGGACCACCCUUUACCAGCACACUGCCAAGCAGUAUCGAUAUGGACCCUCAACCGUCACGGCAACAGGAACCCAGGCACCAGCGUCACCGUCGGCAUGAAAGAGGUCGCUGACCUCAGGGACGAGAUCAUCAACAGUUAUUUAUCUGGCACCAGCCAGCUUUGUGCUCAGGACAUUGAAGACUUCAGAAAAUUCAACUGGAACUCCACCCUCGAGACCACCCAGUCUUACCUCACUGGAGUCGGCUAUGAGGAACUCUAUGACAUUGCUAAGAGGAUCCGGGAGAAGUACCCUCAUCUCCUCUAUGGUUCUGCUGAUAAGUUCUACCUCAGGCCUACCAAUGAGCAGAGGACUAUCACAAGCUGUGCAGCUUUUGCUCAUGGUUUUACCGACGGGAAGAAUCUGAAUCUCACAAUAGAUGAACCAAGAACGAGAGAUGAUGUCAUCAGGCCGUACGAGAACUGCGAUCGUUAUCAACAAGAUGUGAAGGCUGGCCCAACUCUGGCCUAUCAACUGGACUCAUACUUUAUUUCUCCUGAGUACAUCGCUAUUCAGAACGCAGUGCAGUAUCGUCUCGGCCUGAGCACAAAGCUGAAUGCUUCCAGCAUCUUCUCCAUGUACGAGAUGUGCCGGUUCCUCCGCUCCUGGACCAAGACCCUGAAGUCCCCCUGGUGUGCCCCCUUCACGGAGCAGGAUCUCAUCACACUGGAGUACUAUGAUGACAUCAGGCAUUAUUAUAGGAAUGGAUAUGGCUCUUGGGUUAAUGAAAAUCUGGGCCGUUUACCCCUGAAAGACCUUUACGACAAUUUCUUAGACGUCGUCCAAGGCAAAGGCAGGAAGCUGAAUGCUUACUUCACCCAUGACACCAUGAUGGAGAUGGUCUUCUGUGCCUUGGGGCUCUACAAGGAGGAUCCGCCUAUCCAGGCGCUUCUGAUGGACCCUGAACGAGUUUGGAGGACCAGUUAUAUUGGAGCCUUCUCUGGCAAUCUAAUGGCUGUUUUGAACAGUUGUCUCGAAUCUGGCACCCAACACUCAUACAAGGUCCAACUCUUCAUCAACGAAAAACCGACGCCAAUCUGCCCCCUAACAGGGUGUACAUGGGAGGAGUUCCAGGAAAAGUUCAAGCCUUUCACUAACGCCAACUUGGACUUCUGCAGCAUGACCUACGUCCAUGAUGUUGAGGACGAACAUACCAGUCCUUCAACCAAUGCGGCUCCUCCGACAAAAGCAUUUUGGAAUUGGUACUGACUGGAGCACGGUUAAAGUGUAAUAUGCACAGUGCAAAGACAUUGCUAUCCAAAGCAGCAUUUUCUUUAAGUGUUUUUUAGUCAAUUUUAGUGUUCGUUUUUAAAGAUAUAUUUGUAUUGUCUGAUGUGUUGUCAAAUAGCCAGGGGCCCGAUUCUCCUAAGUUAAUAAUGUCAAAACUAAAUAGAACUUGAAUCGCAAUAGCAGUUUGAACCUUAGCAAGCAUUCUGCUACUAAUUUAAGACCAAUCGUAUUCCAAUGACAUUCGAUUGGUUUGCGACUGGUUUGCCAUUUGGUCUAUACGCUAGUUUGCUCUACAAUCGCUCAAUCCCUUAUGUAUCACAUACGCUUCAAUCGUAAUUGAGUCAUGAUUGGAUCUCAGUUGAAUACGAAUCGUAUGUCGCUUAAGUAAUAUUAGUAGAAUCGCGCCCCAGAUUCAUCAAAUAUACCAGUUGAAAUUGUUUGUCAGAUGAUUAUGUGAAUGAUGUUCAAAUCAUGAGUGUCUGAUAGUAAAUACGUAUUCGAUAAAGAAGAGUUGACACAUCCUGUGACUUUAAACAGAUAUCUAUACACACCUCAACUACCUACAUAUGUUUUUGUGAUAUUUUUAGUGUUCUCGAGUUACCUACCUCGACAUUCACUAAAUAUAAGAGUUAUAACAUUGUCUAUUUCUUAGUUUUCCGCAAUACUAAGAAUGUUAUUUUGUUUAUCUAAUUUCUCAUCUUCUGUUACCAGGAAAUAAUUUGUUUAUUUGAACAAAAAUACUGUUUAUAUCGUUAUUGUUAAUAUUGUUUGUAAGGCUGUGAGAUCAAAAGAAAAUGUUAACAGUUCCUCGAGUUUUGUAAAUAUGUAAGAUGUACUGUUGUUAUAGAUAUUUAUUGUAAUAUAUUUUUGACUAAG